AUGACCUAUCAUGCAUAUGUAAGCAAGAGUGAUUGGGAUCUGCUUAAACAAAUAUUUAAUUUAGAAUAUGUUUUGUUAGAUAACAAUUCUGCUCAAUUUGAAAUAGAUAAACAAGUGAUUAGGCAUUCGGAUGAUGAUCCAUACAAAUGUUAUUCAAAUCAGUUUAAUAUCGAUCCAAUUUGGAUUCAAGUAGCCUAUCGGUGCCAAAAUCAAAAUUAUGCUUUAAUUGUGUUCCAAGAAGUUAUUCUAAGCUCAACUAAACUAUCAACUUUUCAAAACAAUAUUCAAAUUAAUAUUAUCAACAAUUCAAUAACUCUAGUAAAUAAUAAUCACUAA